AUGGCCGACGCUGCGUCCGGUUCCACAGAGAGGUCUGUCCAGGUCAAACUUGUCCUGCUUGGUGAAGCGGCUGUUGGAAAGUCGUCAAUUGUCCUGCGAUUCGUGAGUCGUCUCGAACGACUUCCAGCCCAACAAGGACCUACGAUUGGUGCCGCCUUCUUGACCCAGAAAUGCCGUCUGGAGGACCGUGUGCUUAGAUAUGAGAUUUGGGAUACCGCCGGCCAGGAACGCUUCCACUCGCUCGCUCCUAUGUACUACCGCAACGCUCAGGCGGCGGUCGUCGUCUAUGACGUUACCAAGGCUUCUUCGCUCGAGAAAGCCAAGACAUGGGUCAAGGAGCUUCAGCGGCAAGCGAACCCCAACAUCGUCAUCGCCCUCGCCGGCAACAAGAUCGAUCUCGUCACACCCUCCGCCGCCGCCGCCGCUUCGCCAGAAUCCGAGGACGAGGCCGACGACGCGACCGCGACCCCGGAGGAGUCUGGCGCUGGCGGCGAACCCGAGAGCCUCCGCCAGGUGCCGCGCGACGAGGCGGAGGCGUACGCGCAAGAGGCCGGCCUGCUCUUCUUCGAGACCUCGGCGAAGACGGGCGACGGCGUUGUGGAAAUCUUCACCGAAAUAGCCAAGAAGAUUCCCAUCGACCAGAUCCUUGCAUCAACCCGUGGUGGCCAGCGCCCCGGUGCUGCGUCGGGACGUGCUCAAGAGGGUGGUGUCAACUUGGACGAGAGCAACGCAAAGGGCAAGGAUGCGUGCAAUUGCUGA